CUCUGACGACGACGAUACCCCCACGACGACCGCAAAAACCAACGGUUUCUGUUUACCUACCCUCCGUCAGCUCUUCAUUGAGAACUAGGAAAUAAUUGCUCUCCGCAGCAGCAAUGGCCUCCAAGAUGGGCCCCAGAAGCGUCAAGGACGCCACCCGCUUCACGUCUACAAUCCCUCACGCAACCUCCAAAACCGCCCAAAGAACGCCGCGCAUCCCCGGCGAGACGCCCGAGCAGCGUGUGAGGAGACUGCGCCAGGCUCAUCUUGCCGCCCAGCAUGCUCAGAUUAGCAAGACGGAUAGGUUCAUCGAUGCGUCGAGGAGAUUCUUUGACGUUGCGCAUCGGUGGACUGUGGGAAGCAUUGUGAUAUUCACAGCCGUCGCAGGUGUUGUCUCCGUAUACUCCGUCUGGGAUAUGGUUCAAUAUAACCGCGCCCGCCGAGCCGAAUGGGUCGAAGCACAGAAGCGACUCGAAGCCGACGAGCUCGCCAUGGCCCGUCUCGCUUACAUCAAGGGCGAAGCUACCGAGGACCAGAUCCUCCUCGUCGAGGAGGCCAACCAAGCAGCUGAAGCGAGGGGCGAGAAGCUACCACCUCUGCUUGCCGCCCCCGAACACCGCACACAUUUCGAGGAGCACAUCAAGCCCACGUUCCAGGACAACAAGACCGAGGAGAUCGCUACUACAAAGACAUCAAGUGGCAAGGGCGUGCUGGGAGUCUUUUCUGGAGUGCUAGGAGGUGGGAAGAAGGAGGAGAUCAAGGAGCAAGCGACAGAGGGGUUGGCCGCGGCACAGACACAGUUGACCAACUUGGCUGCUGACGGUAAAGCGAAGCUGGAGCAAGCAAUUCAGACUGAGCGGGAAAAUCAACAAAACGGAGGUCCUCUAGACCGACUGGGCACACAACCUGCGGCCAGUCCAGCCUCCGGCAAGUCAUGGUGGAAGUUCUGGUAAACUGUAUAAAAAUAUAAUUGGAAAGGCAAAAGGCAGCAAUGCGAUGGAAAAGGAUACAAAGCUGAUUGCAAGCGGAGGAAACUACAAGUGUAUCAUAUGUGUAGAUUGGCAGUGCAUUAGACGGCGUCGGGGGACCAUCUUGUAUGUACCAUUAGGUGUGAGGCAAAGCCCUACUUUACUUUAUCUAUCAGGCGGGUUGCUAAAAAAUGGGAACUUGAAGCAGUACAGACGAAAUCAUUAGUCCACUCUCAGGCAAUACAUACACUAAGAAUGAUCUAAUAUUUAUAUCAACCACUAAACCAGUACCGUUUUUAAUGCAACCCUGUCUAU